AUGGCAUCGAAUCCACUUCGCAUCUUUCUGAUCGGCGGGCACGGUCGAGUAGCUCUGUCUUUCACCCGACAAGCCGUCUCGUCCGGUCACGCCAUCAUCUCCCAGAUCCGCAAUCCUGAUCACGCAUCGGACAUUACCAAUUUCAAAGGCUCAGGCAGCGUGCAACCUCUGGUUGAGAGCGUCGAGGAUUUGGAUGUGAACAGAUUGAAAGGCUUGUUUGAGCAACACAAGCCCAAUGUGAUCCUUUGGACCGCUGGCGCUGGCGGCAAAGGCGGAGAGGAAAGGACGAGAGCAGUUCGAUAGAGAUGCGGCUAUCCGCGUGAGUGCAGAGCCAACGCAGCGUGCUGCAUCAGUGCGCAGUAUUGCGUAGCGAACGGGAUGUUCCGUGUCUCAUUGCGCAAAUCCCUUUCCCCGCAAUCGCGCUGCUCAGGUCUUUGACGCCAUCGAGGCAUCGGGCAUCAGCAAGUCGAGCGACUUCAGACGCUUCGUGCUGCUCAGUGCCAUCGACGUUCGCAACAUCGAGACGACAAAGCCAGACUGGUACACUCCCGAAGAGUGAGUGUAGCGCAGCGCGUCUUUACUCCGUAUCGCUCCUUUGCACGGUCAGCAGCUCAUUCCGCUGGUACUUUUGCUUGCCUUGCUCCGUGCUGCGCUAAGCUUUGAAAAGAGCGCAGGGAUGAGGAAAGCCUUGCCAGCAUACAUGCAAGCCAAGUACGAGGCGGAUCAGAACCUGUCUCAACGCAAAGCCUUUCCAUGGACCGUCCUGCGUCCUUCUACGCUUCUCAACGACGCUGGUACUGGUCAAGUGGCAUUGGCAGAGAGGGGUCGGAUCGGGAUCUCGGUGCCAAGAGACGACGUGGCUGCUACUCUCCUCGCCAUCUCUGAGCUGCCAAAGGGACAGGCAGAUUCGCAAAUGUGGGACUUGACCGCUGGAAAGAAGGACGUAAAGAGCGCCGUGGAGAAUGCGGCGCAGCAGGCAAGAUCCGACUGGGUCGGGUGA